CCAUUAUUUGCACUCUGAGUCACCAUGUUUGCAUCGGGGUGUGCAAAGUUCCCUUUGCUAAUAUUUAACAGGAACUUUUUUUGGUGUGCCUUUUUUUUAUUUUUAUUUUUUGGCGCACAUAAAGAAGCCCCUGUAUCACUGAUAUGUAUGUAUUGUAUGUAUGUGCGUCCUUCCAUACAGACAAUUACCGUAGGUCCAUGUCACCCUGAUUCAUGGAUUGAUCAGCAUAACAAGGAUGGCCGCUGUUGUCCUCUCCUUGCUUCUUCUGGCAUGCGGCACUCAAGCUGUGUUGAAGCUGUCGCCCGGCAGCUUGACAGUCCUCAGGGGCGACCAGGCCCGCUUUACUUGCGGGACCACCAAACCCACAGAGUGGGAUGUGAUGCUGUGGGAGCUGAACAGCACGGUGGUGGUCUCCAUCUCCAGGCGGCACGGCGUGCUGUCGUCCUUCUUCGCCAAUGUGACGGCGGAGGAAAGCCACGCCCCGAGUGGAGACGGGUGGACGCUUGUUUUCGGGAGCGUUGGGAGGCACCAUCAGGGGCAAGUCACCUGUCACCUGCAGGGAAUUGACAGGAAAACAGCGAGCCUCUUCGUUCAAGAAAAAGGCAGUGUGAAAGUCUUCGGAGGAAACACGACAGCUUUAAAGGGGCAGCCAGCCCUGUUGGAGUGCCAGGCAGCAGGAUGGCACCCUCAACCUUCUUUACAGUGGGAAGUAGACGGAAAAAAGCUGAGCCAGCACGAGUACAACCUGAGUAGCAAAGAAAUGGGGAAGAGCCUCUUCACUGUGAGCAGCAACGUCAGCCUGACGGCGACAAGAAGCUCUGGGGUGGACUGUCUGGCCUCGGUAUCUGCCUUCGCCAGGCCGCUCAGGAGCAGCGUCCGCCUGACACUGUAUGCAGAAUUUGUAAAGGAAGAAGAUGACUGCACACUCCUGUUGGCGUUAACCUCCUCCCUCACCGCUCUCCUCCUGCUCCUCCUGCUCGGCAUCUGCAUUGUCCUCUGCUACAGACAAAGGAGACAAGCAAGGUUCUAG